CUCCUCGCUCCGGUUCCUAGGCGACGGGCGCUGGCGGAGAAGCACCAGGGCUGGUUGCGGGGGUGGAUCGGAGAUCACUGUCAAAAGAAAGUGUGUGUGUGUGUGUGAGAGAGAUAGAGAGAAAAAAAAAGUUUCAGGGGGCGAGAGAGGCUUUUUAUUCGCGGCGCGAAGUAACUUUUUUAGAUUACUCCUGUGAUUUGCUGGGUGCAGAUUGAGAGGAGAGUCAGCAACCAUGUCUCGCACGGAGGAUAUGCACCGAAUGACCGAGGGCGUUUACAAGACCAUUAUGGACCAGUUUAAUCCAAGUCUGAAAAACUUUAUCGCUAUGGGGAAGUCUUAUGAAAAAGCACUUUCCAGUGUAUCCUUUGCAGCAAAAGGCUAUUUUGAGGCCCUAGUGAAAAUGGGUGAAUUAGCCAGUGAAAGUCAAGCUUCCAAGGAGAUGGGAGAUGUUUUGUUCCAGAUGGCAGAGGUCCACAGGCAAAUUCAGAUACAGCUUGAAGAAAUGUUGAAAGUGUUCCACAAUGAGCUGCUGAUGCAACUGGAGCAGAAGGUUGAGUUAGAUGCCAAGUACUUAAGUGCCACUUUGAAGAGGUACCAGGCUGAACAUAAAGCCAAACUGGAGUCUCUGGAAAAAUGCCAUGCAGAGCUGAAGAAACUUAGAAGAAAGAGUCAGGCGAGCAGAAAUCCCCAGAAGUAUGGAGACAAGGAAAUGCAGUAUGCAGAGACGAUAAGUAAAAAGCAAGUGGAUCUGGACAGCUUUAUCGGAAAUGGAUACAAAACUGCAUUGAGUGAGGAACGGAGGCGGUAUUCCUUUUUGGUGGAGAGGCAGUGUACGGUUGCUAAGAAUAACAUGGUAUACCAUAGCAGGGGCAAGGACAUGGUAACGCAAAAGCUUCCUGGUUGGCAACAGGCUUGCAGCGACCCAUCCAAAAUUCCUGAUCAUGCAAUAUCAUUGGUGCAGCAGAUGUCCUCUGGCAAUGGAGGAACACUUGCCUCUGACCCUGCUGCCGCUGCCAAAUCGGGGCUGAUCAUCUCCGACCCCAUUCCUGGUGCUAAACCUCUACCUGUACCACCAGAACUUGCACCCUUCGUUGGAAGCAAUAUGGGUCUCAACUCUCGCAUGACAGGCCAGGAUGUUUCUGUAGUGCCUAAUGGUGACCUAUCCAACUCGCAUCAAGUGGGCUAUCAGAAUUCUGCUCAACCAAAGCCACCGUCACCACCCCAACUUCCCAAACAGCAGAGUGAGGUCUACUCCAAUACAUUGCCGACACGAAAAGCAAUGCCCUUGAAAGCCACCCCUUUGUUAGCUGAGACCAGGACUUUGCCCCGGUCAAGCUCAAUGGCUGCUGGGUUGGAAAAGAAUGGAAGGACCAAAGUGCAAGCUAUUUUUUCACAUCAAGCAAGAGGCAACGGUACGCUGCUAAGCUUUAAUGAAGGUGAUGUCAUCACAUUAUUGGUUCCUGAGGCUAAGGAUGGCUGGCAUUAUGGUGAAAAUGAAAAGACACGGAUGCGUGGAUGGUUUCCCUUCUCUUAUACCCGUAUAAUGCAAGGUGGAAUGAGUGAAAUUUUACAUAGUUUGAACCACGCAAAAAGCAGCAGCACAGGGAACCUUCUACAGAAAGAAGACCUCUCCAUCCCUCCACCUGACUACAGCUCUCCUUUAAGAAUGACUUCUCAUCCUACAUCCAGUACAAACUCUUUCAAACCCAGGCCCUACAGUGUGGCACUGCCAAGUUUUUCACAGGGUAUGGAUUUUGGUCAGUCAGGAGUAUCAUUGAAUUCUGAUGCCGAAGUUGCAAGGUUCUGAAUUUAAACUACUGCCACAUUUAAGGCCUCUCUAGAUUAAGAAGCUGUUGCAAACAUCAAGUUAAGGCCAACCAAAACAAAUGACAGAUCACUCCCUGCAGUGAAGUGAGCAUCAACCCUCAGAAGAUUCUCUUACUGUUCACUUGCUGAUGGCAAAAGAUGCCAAAGAAGUCUUAAUCUGAAACUUCAUCUGCAUGAAGCAGUGGCUUUAGACUAGAAUUGACCCAUCUGAAGACGGUCGCUAAAGUUACAGAUAUAUCCAAUGCACAUACAGAAAUGCCACUUUAAAAUCUGACCCAUCUCACUCCCAGCUUCAUACUUGGGGGAUUCUGUGGAGGGGAUCGUUAAGUGGUUAGGCUUUUGUAAGAUGUUUGUAAAUUAUGCAUGUCUUCAAGAAUUAGCAGUUAGUAUUUUUUUAUUAUAUACUUUAUACUAAUCAGCAUAUAAAACAAUAUUUUAUUAUCUGGCUUUUUGCAGGAGUUGGCUAAAAUGUUGACACUUUGUAGAAACUAGAAAACUGAAAUAUUGCCAGACCAAUUUAAGAAGUGUAUACUGUGUUCCUUUCCUUUUCGGGGAACAAAAGUAAAAUCAUAGGAUCUGUGUACAAACCAAGCUAACUUUUAUACUGAGUUACCUCAGUUUGUUAAAUAUUUUAGUGAUCAUUAUUUGAAUCCUUGCUGUCACCUAAAACGCUUCCAUUUGUUUUGAAAGUCCUCUGGUGGUGGCAAGGGUCUGAUGAAAGAAAAAAUUAAAACCUUUUGUAGAACUUUAAGAUUCAUCUACAUUUCCCACUUUAUCCGAAGCACAACGUACAUUUGUAAGUUUCUUUCACACCUGUAGUGCUUUCUUUCCAAUUUCUUACUGCCAAUCAAUCAGUCCAAUGAGUAAAUAAGUCUCUAAAGUCCCUUAAAAUGUAGAGUAAAACUGUAUCCUCAAAGAAAUAAGAGAUGAAGCAGAGGGCUGCAUUUUUUUUGCUCUUCUGCUGAGUUCAAAGUGCAGAAUGGGAGGAAGCCAUGUAAUUAUUGUCCCAUUAUAUAUUAACAGCGUUGCUUCAAAACGGGGAGAGAAAUUGUGAAGUAUUGUUUUAUUUCUGUGAGAAAAUGCAAUAAACAUUUGCAGAUGUGGGAUUCACACGAGUUGAUGGUCACUUCAGUACAGCAGUGAUGAAUUGCUUGCAUUUUGUAAUGGUUUGUGGUACAACGAUUGAUUAGACACUGAGAUGAUCAGUAUUAUUAAAUCAAGAUGGUACCUCUGUGAAUUGGCUUCUAAUGAACAAAGUGUUCUGUAAUUUUUGAAAUGAAUGGUUAGUCAUAUUUUAAAAAAAAUCUUGUUAAUAUAUAAUGCCCCUUAUUUUCGUCAUAUUCCAGAAAAUUUUAUUUUAGAUGCACAAUGCUAAAACAAUUUUAAGAAUGGAAAGUGUUGUCAUAACAAAAAGGGCAGACUGUUGACAGACAGUUGGAAUGAAGAAUUAAAUGAAAUGUCCAAAACUCUGUGGGUAUGUUUUUAGUAGAUUAGGUAGAUUUAGAAACUUUCUAGUGAAUUUAAUUGUUCACUUUGGUUUGUUCUCUCAAAGUGGUGUAGGUAAUAAAGCAGAAAUAGCCGAGGUUAAACUCUCAUUGAGAGUGCUUGUUGUAAAGUAAUGAAUAUCCCCAAUCUAACCUUUGCUGUUUCACAUUUAUAUUUAUUUUGAUAACUUAGCACUUAAGAACUUACCAGCCUCUCUUACCGUUCUGUUCUAUUGUAAAAGUACACCUACCUGCCAUCCCAAUGAAGUAAUGCUCCUGUAUAAGGUGGCCACUUCUUUUCAGUUUUGCAUUAACCAAUCAUGCCUUUUGGCUUUAUUACAAGAAUGUGGUUUAAUUUGUGCCUUUCAUUCUACAUAAGCUUUAAAAUGUAGUAAAAGUCUCACUGGGAUGGUUGACACAAUCUGUACUGCAUUGCAGAUUUCUGUAGCUGCCAUUUUCAUAAAUCACCAUGUUUUGUGAUUUACAAUGACCUAUGUAGAGUAUAUUCCUUCUGAUAACAAAAAAAAAUGAUUUUGAUAGUAACUUAUGCAAAAUAAAAUUGAUUCACCAUUUAAG